UGUUGACAUCAAAUAAUAAAUCUCUCUCUUUCUCUCUCUCCUCUGACUUCAUACUCAAAGGCCACCUGUACGCUUGACGCACUUCCUUACCUCACACCUUACAACCAGAAUCUUGUUUACACAGAUGCUCUUUACAACAAGACUUCACAUUUUCUCCUCCUUCCUGGUCUAAGUCCAAUCCAAUCCCCUUCUUAUUUGCCGAGUCUUUUGCUUUUCUUUUUAAAUUUUCAUCUGUCUUCAAUCAUCUCUGCAAUAUCCCUUUUAUGGACAAACCACUAGGACUUUUCUUUGAUACUCUUCUUUCUCGUACUUUCUUCCCUUUCAGUAAUAACAACACAAAAAACCCACCACUCUCCUCUACUCCUUCCUCUCGGUUCAACAAGAAUUUGGCCAUGGAUGAACAUCCAGAUGGGGAUUCUCAGAAAAGAGUCGUCAAUGAAAUGAACUUCUUUGCUGAUGAUCAUAAACAAACGUCUACCUCCUUGCUUGAUGUCAAGAAAGAAUUAGCCUUCCUUCAUGAUCGAGAUGAUGAGCAAGAAAUAAUCAAACUGGAUGUCAAUACUGGUUUAAAUCUUUCAAUCUCGAGCUCAAGCUGUGAGAAGGAUCAGAUGGCUGUUCUCCGGGCUGACUUGAACAAAAUGAAUGUGGAAAAUCAGCGAUUAAAGAGCCAGCUAAAUCAAGCCAACAGUGACUACCGUGCUUUACAGAUGCACUUGUACACAUUUAUGCAACGCCAACACAUUUUGAAAGCCGCAAACUCACAGACUCCUGAGAUGGCGAAGAGGAAUGGAGAAGUCACUGUUGCAAGGCAUUUUAUGGACCUGGGUCAAGCUGAAAAGGAUAAUCAUGAAGUUGCUCAAUCUUCUUCAGAGAAUACAAGAUCACAGGAGUUUCGUAUUUCGCCUGAAAAUAUCAUAGUUGAGUCCAUGGAGGCCGGACGGAAGAUUACCAACGGUAAAGAAAUAGUUGCAGUGGAUCGUCUGGAUAAUAAUAACAACAAAGAAGAAAGCUCAGAACGAGCUCAUCAAUCUGGAUGGAUUUCGAACAAACUUCCCAAGUUUAAUUCUUCAAGAGAUGUUGAGCAUGCCUCACAGACGAUGACCUCCAUCAUCAGAAAAGCUCGAGUCUCAGUUCGAGCUCGAUCAGAAGCGGCCAUGAUCUCUGAUGGCUGCCAAUGGAGGAAAUAUGGGCAGAAAAUGGCUAAAGGAAAUCCUUGCCCUCGUGCUUACUAUCGCUGCACCAUGGCCUCCGGUUGCCCAGUUCGCAAACAGGUUCAACGGUGUGCGCAAGAUCAAAGUGUUCUGAUAACGACGUACGAAGGCAAUCACAACCACCCACUGCCGCCGGCUGCUGUGUCAAUGGCGUCGACUACGUCAGCCGCAGCGUCGAUGCUGCUAUCGGGAUCAAUGCCGAGCUCAGAUGGGAUGAUGAGCCCACAUUUCAAUCUUAAAAAUGCACUGCCAUUCUCGCCAAGUUUGGCUUCUCUUUCUGCUUCAGCGCCAUUUCCGACUGUAACAUUAGACCUCACUCAUUUCAAUCCCACUAAUAAUAAUCCUUCACAGUUUCAUCGCCCGCUGACCCAAGUCCAUGGCUCUUCUCAAAGCUUGCCUCUCAAUGCUGUCGCCAUGCCACAUGUUCUUGGUCAGGUUAAUAAUCAGCAAGGCAACUUUUUCGGUCUUCUCAGAUCGCUGGGAGUUGAAACUCCUCAUUUACCGCAGAGUCAGAUGCAGGCCCAUGUGGCAAAUGACACCAUUACAGCGGCAACGGCCGCCAUUACUUCGGAUCCCAGCUUCGCCGCAGCUCUAGUGGCCGCCAUCACAUCCAUUAUCAGCAAUUCUCAUCAAAACCAGCAGAAUGGUAACAACUCCACAACUACAAGAAACAGCAGCGACAGACUCAUGAACAUCUGAACUUGGAGAACUAUAUAUAUAUAUAUAUAUAUAUAUAUAUAUA